CUGCCUAAAAAACGGAGCCAUGCAGCCAGGGAAGCAGUUGCGAUAUGAUCAUGGCCAUGGCGUGGGUCCUGCUGCUGGUAACUGCAGGGCUAAGCAUGGCCACAGCUGGCCCCGUCCCCACUUCUAAGCCCGCCACAACCUGGAAGGGCUGUGACAUUGGCAGGUUCAAAUCUCUGUCACCACGGGAGCUGGAAGCCUUCAAGAUGGCCAAGGAUGCCUUGGAAAAUUCACUAAAAAACUGGAGUUGCAUCUCCCGCCUCUUUCCUAGAAACCGGGACCUGAGACAGCUGCAGGUGUGGGAGCGCCCCGUGGCCUUGGAGGCUGAGCUGACCUUGACCCUAAAGGUCCUGGAGACCAUGGCUGAUAGGUUCCAGGGGGGCAUCCUGGACCAGCCCCUUCACACUCUGCGCCACAUCCACUCUGAGCUCCAGGACUGUGUCAAGGCUCAGCCCAUAGUAGGCCCUCAGCCCCGAGACCGCCUCCACCACUGGCUGCACCGGCUUCAUGAGGCCUCAAAGAAGGAGUCUCAAGGCUGCCUCGAGGCCUCUGUCCUGUUCAACCUCUUCCGCCUCCUCAAAAAGGACCUGGAAUGUGUCGCCAGUGGAGACCUGUGUGUCUGAGGACCUGGACCCACCCCCAGCCCAUGUGGGACCCCAGACCUUAAUUGAUACACUAAGCCCCAGCCCUGCCUUAAGUUAUUUCCUCUCCCCCCUUAUUUAUGAAGCCGGAGUGCU